CCAAGCAGAGCCGCAGCAAAGAAGCAGAGCACGCCGUCGCCACUCUGCAGGCCCCCUGCCCCGGACCCCGGUGAUUCCGAGGAAACAGAGCAAUGCCGCGCGCUCCCGUCGCCACGCUGCUCUCGCUCGGCCGGAGGGGCUACGCCGCGGCGGCGGCCGGAGCGGAGGUGCGCCAGCGCGCGGCGCCGUCGGCGGCGAGGGUCUCGGGCACGGGGGUUGGCAGUAACGCCGCGGCGGCGGCGGCGGCCAGGGAGGUCUUCUGGAUGAGGGACCCGCAGACGGGGUGCUGGGCCCCCGAGGACCGCUUCGCCGACGUCGACGCGGCCGAGCUCCGCGCGCGCCUGCUCGCCAGGAAGGACUAGGGAGGACCUCGUCCUUUCGGUUGAUGUCUUGAUGACGAACCAUUGACGAUUCAAACUUGAUGAAGCCGAUUAAUAGAAUAGCCUCCAUUGGCUAGAA